GACUCUAACAGCAGACAGUUCACAUUUGUACGUUCCGUAUAUAACGCAAACAACAAAGAGAAAUCGAUAUAGUAAGAAUUAAAACCCUGCUACUAGUAGAGGAAUUACUUAUUCAAGAUUUCAAUUGUCAAUCUAUUAAGAAAUCAAAAAAACUCUAUUAACGUCGCCUUCUAUGCCAGUGUGUAUAAAGGUUUUUGACAAUUUAAAUUAAUUAUAAUCCCUGGAAAAAAAUUAUAAAAAUUCAAUUUGUGUUUUUUUUUUUUGUAAUUUUCUGCUUGCUGAUAAUUUGACCAGUGUGUCUUUUUUUUCAAAGUGAGACAUAAACUCUCUAAACGAAAACAAACCAAAAAAAGAUUUGUAAAAUAACUGUGAUUUUAUUGAAAAAAAAACUUUAAACGAAAAACAAAGACAAAAAGCAACAUGAUGAAAUUCUUAGUGGGAUUCUGUAUUUUGGCCGUAGUGGCUCCUACCGUUUUUGGUGAAUUGAAAUGUUCCUUGGGUAAUCCUGAAUUGCCAACUGAAUGGAUUGAUUUACGUGGUGACUGUAUGACAGCCAUGCGUAAUCAAAUCCAAAAAGAAAUUGAUGCUUCCUAUCAAUAUUUGGCCAUGGGUGCUCAUUUCUCUCGCGACACUGUCAAUCGUCCCGGUUUUGCUGAAUUGUUCUUUAAGUCAGCUAAGGAAGAACGUGAACAUGGUUCCAAAUUGAUUGAAUACUUGUCCAUGCGUGGUCAAUUGACUGAUGGUGUUACCGAUUUGAUCAGAACUCCCAGUGUCCAAAAAGAUGAAUGGCAAAGUGGCGCAGAAGCUUUGGAAGAUGCUUUGAAAUUGGAAAUUCAAGUUACCAAAUCGAUUCGUAAACUCAUUGCCACAUGUGAAAAGAAACCCAACUACUAUCAUUUGGUCGACUACUUGACUGGUGUCUAUUUGGAAGAACAAUUGCAUGGACAACGUGAAUUGGCCGGUAAAUUGAGCACUCUCAAGAAGAUGAUGACCAAUCAUGGUGCUUUGGGUGAAUUCUUGUUCGAUAAGGAUUUGUAAAGAGUCAUUCUCCAUUCUACAGCUUAAAUUACAAACAUCAAAUAUGAGAUUUUUUUUCUUAACAAAAAAACUCAUUUAUAAACAUUUAACAAAAUAUAGAACAUUCUUUAGCUGUGCUUUUUUUAUUUAAUUAUUUAACUUAGAAAACCACCAUUUAUAAAAAAAAAAUCAUUGUUAAAUUUAUCAAGUAUUGUUUUUUUUGUUUUCAUUAAAAAAUUAUUAUUAUAAUUUAUCAGUAUAAAAUCCAAUUCUGUUUUAAUUAUUCUCAAUUCAAUAAAUUUUGGGUUUGAAUAUCCACACAACAUUUUUCAAACUCAUAAAGAGCACAGUGAA